AUGGCGUCGUACUCUUCCGCGCUCUCGGACGACUCGUCGGAGCUCAUGCAGGUGCUCAGCGACCCCAAGUACCGCCACUUUAUUGGCGGCGCCGUCGGUGGCAUGACCGCCGCCAUCAUCACGUCGCCGCUCGAGGUCAUCAAGACGCGCCUCCAAACCAAGCUCGGCCGGAGCGACAUGGCGCGCGCGUGCAAUCAAAACCUCUCAACCCUGAACGUCCUGCGCACCAUCUUGCGCAACGAGAGUGUCUUUGGCCUCUGGCGUGGCAUCACGCCCAACCUCCUCGGUGUCAUUCCCGCGCGCGCUGCCUACUUUGGCUGCUACGCCAAGUUCAAGGGCCUCUGCAACGACCACGGCUUCUCGGGCACCGCGACCAACUUUGGCUCGGCCGCGGCCGCCGGGUGCAUGACUGCGUCCGUGCUCAGCCCGAUCUUUGUCGUCAAGACCCGCAUGCAGCUCAUGCCGACGCACGUCGCGCAGGCCAGCGUCGACGUGCACAUGAAGAACGUCUCCCAAACGCUGCCAUUGGCGGGCGGCAAGAUGCUGCGCUUGAACCUCAACGGCAGCGGCGCGUCGUUUGCGCUCUCGCCGAUCAAGUCUACACCCUCCAAGUUUUACUCGAUGCACGAAGUUGCGAUCAGCAUGUACAAGGAGGAGGGCGCCCGCGCCUUCUUCAAAGGCCUCUCGGCGUCGUACUGGGGCGUCUCGGAGGGGGCGAUCCAGCUCGCGCUCUACGAAGAGCUGAAAAGCCGCCUCGACGAACCGUCCAAGCUCCAGCUCUUCUUCCUCGCUGGCCUUUGCAAGCUCACGGCCGCGGCCGCCACGUACCCGCACGAGGUCGUCCGGACGCGCAUGCGCGACCAGCGCACGCCGAUCGACGGGUCCCCCGCCAAGUACCGCGGCAUGUUUCAGAGCAUCGCGACCAUCUACAAGGCCGAGGGCACGCGUGGCCUCUACGGCGGCAUGCCGGCGCACCUCAUGAAGACGGUCCCAAACGCAGCGAUCAUGUACGUCGUCCUCGAGAUGGUGGUCGAAAGCUAA